UGGAUUUCAUCCUCGAUCCUGAUUGGUUACUUGAUGACACGCGUGCCAGAAAGGGACGUUUUGAUUGGUCAGCUUUCUGUCACCGGAAGUAAAGUGAGUUCUUAGGGCUGAAUCCUGAACCGGUAAGUGUUAGACUCAGAGUGCACUAGACGGGGUGUAUACUCCUCCUCCUCCUCGUGCCUGGUCAGUGCCCUGUGCAGUGCGCAUGUCAGGGUCAGGGUGCGGAUUGGGACACGGCCCCGGGACUCGUUAUGGCGGAGGUCAGGCUGCGGCUCGGCUCGGGGGCCGUGAGCCUGUGGAUGACGACUCCACAUUGUCUCCCUGGUCUGGUCUGCAGUAAGAAGCUGUCGGAGGUUCCCGCGGUGACUCGAGCGAUUCACAGUUACGGUAUUUCACCUUGUAUGCGUAUGAACGUAUGGAGAUCGUACAGAAGCUCGAGCGCUGAGGAAAUCCCUCUGUACAGAUCAAAAAGUGCUUAUUACGACAUCCUGCAGGUGUCUCCCACCGCCACGCAGGCGCAGAUCAAGACUGCGUACUACAAGCAGUCCUUCAUCUAUCACCCGGAUAAAAACGCGGGCAACGACCAUGCGGCGCAGCGCUUCUCGCAGGUCAGCGAGGCCUACAGCGUUCUGGGGAACCGGGCUUUACGCAAGAGAUAUGAUGCCGGGAUCCUCAGCGAGGCGGACGUCCGGGGGUCGGGCAGACCGACUGCGACGGGAGAGACGACGAGCAGGUCUCAGAGCGACGGCGCGAGAUCCCGUCGUUCUCCGGAGGUCGGCGCUCGAGCGCAAAACAUCUUCGAUUUCGACUCUUUCUACCGCGCGCACUACGGCGAGCAGCUGCAGCGGCAGAAGCAUAUCCGCACGCGCCUGCAGGAGAUCCAGAGGCAGAAAGAAGAGACGUUUCAGAACCGGAGGCUGGGCCGCUUGUCGGACCUGGCCGUAGGCGUCAUGCUGGCUGUAGCCGCCACCAUUCUGUUUAGUCUGAAGGCCACAAAGGGAUGAUUUAUUACUCUGUCUCUGAUCAGGUGUGUGGGGGUGGGGGAGGGGGGGGACAUAACUACGGUAUUAAGACUGUUAAAGUGGAAGGAGAAGGAACACGAGGAACAAGAGAGAGAAUAAAACAUCAGUGAGGAAAACGAAAAAAUCAAAAUAAAAAGAAAAGAAAAUAGAACUUACAUUCUGGAAAUUUAAUUUAUUUCACAAUCAUAAUAUUUAUAAGAACCCUAAUCAAUCAUUAAAUAUGUGGUUGUGUAUAAAAUUGGUCAUAAUAUAAAUCAUAAACAUCACAUAAUUCACAUAUUUUAAGACUGUAGAAAUAAACACACACAGAUUAAACUCAGUCGUUUUAUUUCUGUAAAUUCUGUGUCUUGAUAAUGAGAUUGUAACGUCGGAGCCUCUGUACAGAAUAAAGCUUUAUUAAAGAAUUA